CUUCGAUCAAAUCAGUCUCUCGUUUUCUCUCAAUCUCUCAAUCCAAUCUGCCGAUUCUUCUGUUCGAUUUCAUCUAAUUCCUUCUGCUAUUAUUGUUAAUCUGCAAUGGCUCCGAAGGCCGAGAAGAAGCCUGCAGAGAAAAAGCCGGCAGAGGAGAAGAAGACGGUAGCAGAAAAAGCCCCGGCGGAGAAGAAGCCCAAGGCCGAGAAGAGGUUACCCAAGGAAGGUGCUAGCGGCGAUAAGCAGAAGAAGAAGAAGACCAAGAAGAGCACCGAGACCUACAAGAUCUAUAUCUUCAAGGUUCUGAAGCAGGUCCAUCCUGACAUUGGUAUCUCCAGCAAGGCCAUGGGAAUCAUGAACAGCUUCAUCAACGACAUCUUCGAGAAACUCGCUCAGGAGUCUUCCAGGCUCGCCCGUUACAACAAGAAGCCUACCAUCACGUCUCGUGAGAUCCAAACUGCCGUUCGACUUGUUCUUCCUGGUGAAUUGGCUAAACACGCUGUCUCCGAAGGAACCAAGGCUGUCACCAAAUUUACUAGUUCUUAGAAUCCGCGUUGUAUCUCUUUUCCUCCUCGUUGGAUUUACAAUUUUAUUAGAAAAAACAGAUGCGAUCGCUCAAUUUUUUUGGGAAUUUGAAAAGAUUGUGAUUAGGGAAUCGAUCUGAUACUGUAAAUUUCCUUUUCUCUUCUCAGAUUUAUAGAGCAUUCAUCAUCUUGUUUUCUGACUCGAAA